AUGAGUGGAUAAAUUUCUUCUUCUGAAUCAGAAGAAAGUUCUUUUAUAUAAACUGAAUAAGAACGAAUUCUAAAGAGUUCCAAUAUUUUCAAAUAGAAAGAAUAAUGCAACAAUAUUUGUGCAAAGCAUCCGAACAAAAAAGUAAAAUCUUUUUAUUAAAUCAGGCAAAAUAUUAUGUUCAAUAUGAUAAUAGUAGAUUAUUUUGUUCAAAAUGUGCUUUGAAUUUAGCUCUAAAGGGAUUAAAAAUAGAAGAAACAUAAGAGAAAUAACCAGAAAUUUAAAGAUAAUAAAGAAUAUAGAGAUUUUAAGAAUAGUUAAAUGAGGUUUUAAAAUAAUGUUCAAAUAAACUUAUUUAGUUACAAAAUAUAGAAAUGAAUUCUUCAAAGUAAUUAAUGGAAUAAAAAGAAAACUGUCAUAAAUUCUUUGAAUCUGUUAUCAAUACAGCAAAUUAAUUGAAACUUACAUAUUUAUCUAAAUUUGAAACUGAUCACAUAACUUAAUUGAAUUAAAUCAAAGAGAAAAUAAGUCUAGUUUAAUAAAUUGACAUUUAAUUAAAAUAAUAUGAAAUUGAUAUAUCAAAAAAUCAUGAGAAUAUAGUGAAAAAUAUGGAAAUGAAACCAUUUGAAGACAUAAUGAAUAGAUAUGAAAAAAGAGUAUCUUAAACAAAAGAAUAACUUCAAGAAUUCAAUUAAGAAUAUUUUCAAAAAUCAAUAAAAUUUGAACAUAAUUAAAUAUUAGCUGACAUGAAUAAGAUGUGUUAUAAUUUAUUGUUGAAAAGUGAAGAUUCUUCUGAAUAAGUACCUAAACAAAUUAAACAUGAAACUAGUACCAAAUAAUUAUAAAAAACUACUAAUUCUCCAAUAGAUAUGAGAGUAUUUGAAUUAUUGGAAGGUGAAGAUAUUUAUUAGAGUACUUGUUCAAAUCCAAUUAAAGAUCAUAUAUAAUCACCAAUUAAAAUAUCAACUCAAUUAUAAUAAUAGUAAAAACUAAAAGUGAAUACAUAUUCUAAUCCAGGAUCAACAAUAUAAAAUUCAAGAAGAGAGAGUAACACUAAUACUCCAGAAAGCUGGUAAUUUAAGGCCUGCCUAGAUAAAAAAACUCAUUAAGUAACUCCAAAUGAUAGAGAUAGUUUUAAACAUAACAUUAGUGUAGGAGAUUAAACAAGUAAUAUAUAAUUUAAUAAUAACUAAUUUGAAUUAAAUGAAAGAUAUUUUAAUUAAUAAAAUGAAAAGUAAAAAACUAUUAUUGAAGGUGAUAGAUUAGAUGAAAAGUCAAAUUAAUUAUUAAUCAAUAAUAUUAAUUAGUUAUAUAUCUAAAAAUAAACAAAGGAUACUGAAAGAAAAAGUGUGGAAGAUAAAGAAUUUACACCUAAACAUUAGAAGAACUUAACAAAUGCAAUUCCAUAAACUUUUAAAUUGUUAACCAAUCAUGCAAAUCAAAAAUGUAAUUAUUUUUCAUUUAUUUAAGCUUAAUAUCAAUAUCCAUUAGUGAAUAAUAAUAUAUUAGAAUAAAAGAGUUAAAAAGAUUUCAGUAAAACUAAUUAUGAUUCGUAACCACAAUAAAAAUCAUUGACUCCUCUUCAUUAAGAACCUUAGUCAAGGAUAAAUAAUCAAUAGAAUAAUAAAUAAGAUAAUCGAAGAUCAAAUUCAAAAUAACCUAAAUAGCCUUCAUUAGAUUAAAUAGAUGGAAAGAGAUAAUUUAUACUUGCUAAUAUGAAUAUAUAAUAAUAAUACACUUCUUAACCUACUACAAGUGAAGAUACUUUAAAAGAAAGAAUUCUUAAGGAAUUGUGUAGUCAUCCUGGAGAAUCAGUUUAUAAUCAAGUUUUAAAAUUGAAUUGUUAAUAAAAAUUAAAGAAUUAAAAAUAAAUAUCUAAAGAAAAUUUUGAAUAAUCAACAACAGUAAGAAUGAAAAAUAUGAAUGGAUACUUAUGCAUUAAAAAAUAAUCAUAUUAAUAAUGA